GACGCAAAAGUUGAAAUCCAUUCUUUUCUCGUGCAGACGCAGGUUGAGGUUGAAAUGAUCAAUUUUUUUUUUAGAGCCUCGCACUUAUAUAAACUUUUUCCUUCAGUUUAAGUGGGGGCAUAAAAAAACCCGAGCUUCCUUCGAUCAAAAACCACAGCAGCCCCUCAAGCCCGUGAAGCGUGUGAAAAACCGAGGUUGAAGAAGGAGAAGACGCCCACAGCAGCCUCUAUCGCGAUUAUCACAGAGCUUGAAGCCACGAAUCACAGGUUAUCAAACACAGAAAUCCAGAACUUGUUUAACAUUCCAGCAGGUUAUCAAACACAGAAACUCAGAACUUCUUACAGUAACUUCUUUCUUACCAACAAAGAAGAACUGACCAAUUUCUAGGGAACCUUCCAGUUAUCAAACAGGCCCUUAGUGAUGGUUUGGACAAGAACGAUGCUAGCUGUCACCAGUGAUCCGCUUGGAGUUACCCUCUAGCCAAAAAGCCAGCCACUGAAUUGCCUUCGUGACCGGCUUGCCUAGAGGAGACUCGAAGAGGCCUGGAUAGAUGAGAAUUGUGUUAAUUUUUUUUGACAUUCUCCAACUAUAUUGGCCAGACUUGCAAAUCCAUGAGUUCUGAGUCCCUUCUAUAAUUAGGUGUUUACCUCUUGAAGGGCUGAUCCUCAUUAAUCCUUUCGGUGGAGCCAUUGGCUCCGGCAUUGUUGAGUUAACAACACCAGUUUAACCUAAGAAAGGAAGGAUAGUUUUAACCUGGGUGUCUCUCAGGAUACGCCCAAAAACUCGGUCUCCUUGUUUACCAUGCUCUGCAACUGUUGAUCAGGCUCGAGUAAAAACCCUAGCUACUGUCUCUCCCCAUUCUCACACCUCAUCUGCAACACCAUUAUCCAUCGCCACUCCAUCUCCCUCCAAGAGUUAAACUGAGAAAACAAGCAGGCCAUGAAAGCUGUCCGUUAUCUCUUCUCCAUUUCUGGCUCCCUCACAUUGUCAUCAUCAUCAUGCAUUUCUUCUGCUUCCAGAAACCCUAUGUUACUCCCCAUUAUUCCAUUCUUCUAUCGUAGGGCCUUCUCGAGUCAAUCUGAUAAUGGGGGUGGAAAGGACACAUGGGACAAAAGCUGGGAAGAGGCUGCAUCAUCCUAUGAGGAUAGCAAGAAAAACCUGAAGGCAAGGUCCUCUUUUGAAGAUAAGGAGGCGGCAUGGGGAGUUGGAGGAAGAGGAGGAGGAGGUUGGGACUCCAUCUCCUCAUGGUCAACUGGCUUGACUGAAGAGCAUUUCCAAGGGGAAGCCAUUGGUCGUCGUAGUAGUCAAGUGUCUGAACCAGAAGCUGCAGAUGACACAGUUGCAGAGUUGGAGAGAGAGAAUAGGAAGAGCAGAGCGUUUGUUGACAGCUGGGAUGAGCGUGUGAAGGAGAUGUCAGUGUUGAUGAAACAGGUGCACGAGCCUGGUGCUCGAGGAUCUUAUUUGAAGGACUCUGAGAAGAGUGAGAUGUAUCGAUUGCAUAAGCAGAAUCCAGAGGUUUACACUGUGGAGAAGCUGGCGAAGGAUUACAGGAUAAUGAGGCAGAGGGUUCAUGCGAUCCUUUGGUUGAAGGAGAUGGAGGAGGAGGAAGAGAAGAAACUGGGGCACCCUUUGGAUGAUUCCGUGGAGCUCUUGUUGGAUACUUGUCCAGAAUUCUUCAACUCACAUGACAAAGAAUUUCACGUGGCAUCACUUCCAUACAAGCCAGAUUUCAAGGUCAUGCCUGAGGGUUGGGAUGGCACCGCCAAGGAUCCUGAUGAAGUGUUGUAUGAGAUCUCUCAAAAGGAAGAUGAAAUGCUCUAUCAAGAAUUCCUUCAGAGAUUUAACUUCAAUAAGAAGAAAGUAGCUGGAGAGGUAAAAGUCCACAAGUAUAGCAGGCGUCGUCCUUCACAAGGGUGGAAUUUCACUGUGGAGAAGCUGGGGCCACGUGGAAAGCGGGGAGGUGGAGGUGGAUGGAAGUUUGUGAGCCUGCCUGAUGGGUCGAGCCGCCCCCUCAACGAAAUGGAGAAGAUGUAUGUCAAAAGGGAGACAGUCAAGCGCCGGCGCAAAAUCCUCCCGACUGCUUGAUUCUUGAAAUUGUUGACAUUUCUUGUGCCACUAGGUUUUGUACUUUCUAUUGAGUAACUCCGCUGUUUUAUAGGUGAUUUUGUUGGGCUUGAGCUCUGGUGAGAUUGAACCCUACAAAAUAAGCUGAUGUAGAUGCACACGCAUUAAGCUGAUAGAGGCGUUUUUGAAUGUUAGAAACUAGAACAGUUAAUUUCAAUCAGUAGUUAUGAACAUCAAAGUUGAGACAUUAUUUUAUCUUUUAGAAAUUAGGGCUUUUGUGGUU